GUGACAGAACACGACCAAGAGCAGGAGCAAGAGCAGGAGCAAGAGCAGGAGCAAGAGCAGGCAUCGAGCAGGCAUCAUGGACCUCCUCAACUUCUCCAUGGAGACCUGGACUCUCCUGGUGACCCUCCUCACACUCUUUGUUAUAUACGUCUACUGGCCCUAUAGAGUUUUUAAGAAAAUGGGGAUUCCUGGCCCAAAACCUGUGCCAUUUUUUGGGACAAUGCUGGCAUACAGAAAGGGUUUCACUAACUUUGACCUGGAAUGCUUCAAAAAAUAUGGGAAAAUCUGGGGGAUUUUUGAUGGCCGUCAGCCAGUGCUGUGUGUGGCCGACCCUGCCAUGGUGAAAACCAUUCUGGUCAAAGAGUGCUACUCCCUGUUCACAAACCGCAGAAACUUCCGUCUGAACGGCCCUCUGUACGACGCUGUGUCCAUCGCUGAGGAUGACCAGUGGAGGAGGAUCCGCAGUGUCCUGUCCCCGUCCUUCACCUCAGGACGCCUCAAAGAGAUGUUUGACAUCAUGAAGCAUCAUUCUGCCAUUCUGGUCAACAAUAUGAAGAGGAAAGUUGACAAGGAUGAGCCGCUGGAGCUAAAAGAGUUCUUCGGGCCCUAUGCCAUGGACGUGGUGACCAGCACUGCCUUCAGUGUAGACAUCGACUCUCUCAACAACCCCUCAGACCCAUUUGUCACCAACAUCAAGAAAAUGCUCAAGUUUGACCUGUUCAAUCCUCUCUUCCUAGCUGUUGCCUUUUUCCCAUUCCUUGGACCAGUAUUUGAAAAGCUGGAAUUUUCUUUUUUCCCUGCUUCUGUCACGGACUUCUUCUAUGCAUCUCUCCAAAAGAUCAAAACCAGCCGGGAGACCAGCAAACAGAAGAAUCGAGUGGACUUCCUGCAGUUGAUGAUCGACUCUCAGAAACACCAUGUGCCAAAUGAUCCUGAGAAUGAUAAAGGGCUGAGUGACCAUGAGAUCCUGUCCCAGGCCAUGAUCUUCCUGUUCGCCGGGUAUGAGACCACCAGCAGCAGCAUGUGUUUCUUGGCCUAUAACCUUGCCCUCCACCCUGACGUGAUGGAGAAACUGCAGGCUGAGAUCGACUCCACCUUCCCCAACAAGGCCCCACUGCAGUACCAGGAGCUGAUGCAGAUGGAGUACCUGGACAGUGUAGUGAACGAGUCCCUGCGCCUGUACCCCAUCGCUCCGCGGCUGGAGCGGGUGGCCAAGGCCUCAGUGGAGCUCAACGGCCUGGUCAUCCCCAAAGACAUGGUGGUGUUAGUGCCCACAUGGCCUUUGCACCGUGACCCAGACACAUGGCCCGAACCCGACGCCUUCAAACCCGAGAGGUUCAGCAAAGAAAAUAAGGACAAGGUUGACCCAUACAUAUACAUGCCAUUUGGCUCUGGGCCCAGGAACUGCAUCGGGAUGCGCUUUGCUCUGGUGAUGAUGAAACUGGCCAUCACAGAGGUCCUGCAGAAAUACAGCUUCUCUGUCUGUAAAGAGACUGAGAUCCCCUUGGAGCUGGACAUUCAGGGUCUCGUGGCACCAAAACGACAAAUCAAACUCAAGCUAGUGCCUCGUUCUUAAUCUAUAAUAGAUUUUUACUUCCUAUGUAAUACCUUAAACAUGAUCAUGUUUUACUUUUGCAAAGAUAAUAUGCAUUUUUUUCAGCUAGUCUGUCUGUGUAUUGGCACUUUACUGAUGAUUCCCUACACUAUGGAGCCCAUAAACGCAUCAUAAAUCCGUUCAUGUAUUUUUAUUAGGGAUGGACUGGUAUCUUGAUAAAUAACAGCUACAUAACACAUUACAACAACAACAACAACAACAACAACAACAAUAUUUGGGUCACUUUUGUCUUAUUUUAUUUUUGAUUUAAGGAAAUAAAUGCUCAUUUCAGUCUUUGCACUGGUAUCGGAUAAUAUUGGGUAUCAGCAGAUACUAAAACUAUUUUUUAUUGUCAGUUUUUAAUAAUAAAAAUUGUUUAUCGAGUAGAUACUGGUAAAUCAUUGGUUCUAUUAUUUGCUAUCAUUUUUCAACUGUAACUAGUUUAGAUUUUUAAAAAAAAAAUAAUUCUUCCAUUUUCAAUUCAGUUUCCAAUUUCAAACAAAUUUGUUUUUAAUUCUGAUUUGAAAAAGUGUUUUCCCUUCACUACAAGGAAGUGUCUAGUGGAGGGCACUUUUUUGGCUGUACAGGAUUAUGAUAUGAUGAUAUGAUGGUAUAUUUUUUAUGCAAGCCUCUAAAGAAGUUGGAUGUUGCUUUUCGUGCAGCUGUGCGUUUCAAACACAGAGACACACCAUUGUACUUUGUAUGAACUGGAUAGUGGCAAAUUGCCAGUGUACUAUACGUAUAAUCAAUACUUCCAAAUACAGCACAAGGUCUUCAGAGCAGCUUCUUCUGAAGGUGCCAAUUGUUCUGAGUUUGGGAAAUUAGCUCUCAGCGUCUGUGCUUCACCUGUGGGGGAUGAGCUGCAAGGAUCUGUAAACCUCACUUCAUUGUCCAUUAUAAGCUAGUUUAAAUGCCUUCUAAAAACACACCUCGUUGAGCAGUGCCUUUGUUUUUAAUCACACUCUUAACAUAAAUGUGUGUGUGCUUGUGUGU